CGACUGGUUGAAGUUAGCUGGUUCAAAAUUCCAUUUCAAAGUUUAGAUGUACUUAGUAAUGGUGGUGAGGAGGCAAAGCCUGGCAACUAGCCUACCUUUGAUCUUGCAUCGAUCUGCUUAAAACUUGUUCCGCUCAAAGGAUAAGGUUAUUGUCGUGUGAACUUUUUGGAUAACGAUUCUUUGAUACUGAUUAAUGUGUUCAUGUUUACGUUAAUCAAUGAUUAUACGCUGCGGUCUACAACACUGAAUGCUAAACAGGCGUGGGUACGCUUCAUUUUUUUUUAAAUUGCAGUGUACAAAAAAGACAACUAGGAUUACUGCUGUUAGAUUGAUCUUUAUCCAAAACCAUCAAGCCCCGCUACUUGAUACUCAUAUUGAGGAGGGUGGAUAAAUAAUAUCUACUGCGGACAGCGGCUGCUAUCUUCGAUAUAACAUUUUUUCAUAGUCUACUCGUCUACUGCAUUUUCCAAAUUCACCUAGUCAAGCUCUAUCAUUUGAUAACGCAUAUUGGGAUUAAGGUCAAUGUCAGUCUCUGGAAUGUCCACGGUGCACCCAAAGACGCUCACACCAAAAGUGCUAGUCACCAGUCCUAACAUUCCAAAAAUUGGGAUUACAUUUCUUGAGGAUAAUGGGUGUCAUGUAACAGUAGUGGAAAAUGCAACUGAAGAGGAUGUUUUGAGGCAUAUAGCUGGAGUUGAUGCACUACUUGUGCUGGCACCAGUAAAAAUAACUAGAGCAGUUCUGGAUGCUGCAGGAAGCAAUUUGAAAGCAGUAAGUGCGCUUUCUGCUGGAUAUGAUCACAUUGACGUACAAGAGCUCAAAAGGCGAGGAAUUAAACUGGGAAACGCGCCAAGGGUUGUUAAUGCACCAGUUGCUGAUCUUGCAAUACUUCUAGCGUUAGCAGCUGCUCGAAGACUGCACGAGGGAAGACUGAAAAUAGAGAACAAUGAGUGGGACAGGCUACAUUACCAGUGGAUUUUGGGUCAGGACAUCAAUAAUUCCACCGUUGGAAUAGUUGGCUUUGGCGGAAUUGGCCAAGCUAUAGCCAAAAGACUCAAAGGAUUUGAAGUUAGGCAAAUUUUGUACACUGGUCACAGAGAAAAACCAGAAGGAAAAAGUCUGGGUGCAAAAUUCGUUUCUCUGGACACCUUAUUACGAGACAGUGAUUAUGUUAUCAUUUGCGCCCCUCUAACAAAAGACACCGAAGAUAUGUGCAACGAAGAAUUUUUUUCAAAAAUGAAGAAAACAGCCGUGUUUGUGAACAUUAGCAGAGGGAGGGUAGUUGAUCAACCAGCCCUGAUAAAAGCUUUGAAAACUGGUACAAUCUUUGCGGCUGGCCUAGAUGUCAUGACUCCAGAACCUCUGCCUCCAGAUCACGAACUCCUUAAACUACCAAACAUAGUACUCACACCACACCGUGGUAUCGCUACGGUCGAAACAGAAAACACAAUGGCAUUGCUGGCAGCGAAAAACAUCCUCAAAUGUUUGGCUGGUGAAGAGAUGCUUCACCCAGUUGUAUGAUAUCGCAUAAUAUAUGAUAUGUAAAACCUCCGUAUUGUAUUUACACCCAAGCCUCUUGGUGUCAGGUAAAUUGACACGCAAAUCUGCCAUAAACAAGAUUAUGUUCGGUUUAGUAUGAAACUUAACGG